AUGAAUUCUUUACCAAAAUAUCCUAAAGCAUUAAUUGGUCCAUCGAUACUAAGUGGUGAUUUAUCAUCACUAACAAAUGAGUGUAAAAGUUUAGUUGAUGCUGGUGCGGAUUAUUUACAUCUUGAUGUUAUGGAUGGUCAUUUUGUACCAAAUUUAACUAUUGGACAUCCGGUAAUAAAAUGUUUGAGAAAACAUAUUCAAAAUAUUUAUUUUGAUGCACAUAUGAUGGUUUCAAAUCCAAAACAAUGGAUUGAAAGUAUGUCCGAUGCUGGUGUUAAUCAAUAUACAUUUCAUUUAGAAUCAAAUAUUGAUAAUGUGCAAGAGUUGAUAAGAAAAAUUAAAGAGGCCAAUAUGAAUGUGGGUAUUGGAAUUAAACCAGAUACCGAUGUAAAACUAUUGGAACCAUAUAUUAAUGAUAUUGAUGUUGUUCUAAUAAUGACAGUGGAGCCAGGGUUCGGUGGACAAAAAUUUAUGCCCGAUAUGAUGACAAAAGUAAAAUGGAUUAGAGAAAAUUUUCCUUUAAUGAAUAUUGAAGUAGACGGUGGAAUCACUUUACAAACAGUCGAUAAAUGUGGAGAAGCUGGAGCGAAUCUAAUUGUAUCUGGCAGUGCAUUAAUUGACAGUAAACAACGAUCAAAAGAUAUUGAAUUAAUGAGACAUAGUGUAGAAGAAAAUUUAUCAAAAAAGUUUAACAUUAAAAUAAAUAACAACAAUAAAUGUAACAAUUAA